AUGAAGGGGGCGCAGGGAGCCAAGCUCUGUCUCCUGGGGACCGGGUGGGUGCUGAGCCGGCAAGGCGGAGGGAGGGGGCAGUCUGGGGCCCAGAGGCUGGCACAGCGAGGCAGGGGGGGCGGGUCUGGCACGGGAGGGGGCGGAGGGAGAGGCGAGGCUGCCCGACCGGGCCGGACAGGAGGUUCCCGAGCGCCCCGGGCCGUGCCAGCCUCCCCCGUGCGCCCUGGGCCGUGCCAGCCUCCCCCGAGCGCCCUGGGCGCAGCCGGCAUGAAGCAGCGAGAGGGCGACGGGCCCGGGCAGCCGGUGCCCCCCAGAUACGCCGGCGAUCGGCCGCGGGGGGGCGGGAAGCUGCUGCUGGGGGGCGGCCGGGCCCCCCCGCGCUGGCUGCGCGUCGCCACAGUCUGCGCCUAUUUCCUCUGCGUCUCGCUGGCCGCGCUGCUGCUGGUGAUUUACUACGGGCUGGUGUGGGCGCCGCGGGGCCCCGGCGCGGAGAACAGCACCGAGCCCGGCCCGCGGGCCCCGCGCCUCUGCAACCACAGCGGCCCGGGGCCGGGGCAGCGGGAGGCGGCGGCCGAGGGGGCCCUGGACGGCGGCCCGCGGCCCCCGGCGGAGGAGCGGAGCGGGCGGCAGGGCCCCGCGGGGCGCACGGCCUGGAGAGGCCGCGACGGGACCCACUGA